AUGUCGUCAUCCUCGUACAAUCAUCAGCCCCAGUUGUCAAUCAAUUCUGUUCAAUCCUUAGUUGAGCCAAUCACACCACCACCGUUAGGUCAGAUGCAUCAGAAGAAGAAUCAUCAAAAGACUCAGUCGCUGGAUGUCUCGGAGUUCAGUCAAUUCAUGUCUUCAGGUCUAAGCACACACACACAUCAGUCGCCUAUGAUGCUUAUGAAAAAUUUCUCACCUAAUGGUGGUUUUUCAAAUGCAACUGGAUCAAUUGUGAACGCUCCGAGUGCUUUGCCUUUUAUCAAUGAGUUCGAUUUGAACGUUGAUAUACCGGCUAGUAACGCUGUAGCUGCUGCUGCAAGCAACAACAACGGCAACAAUGGCAACAAUAAUAAUUCUGGUUCCACAACAUCGGCCUCCUCACUAAGAAAUGCAAACAUAACAAUGACAGGUUCAACUGAACAAAGUUUACCUAAUUCAACAAUGUUAGAAAUUUCUUCAAUGCCGUUGGAAGAUUUGGACUACAUUAAGCUAGCAAAGGAUCAAUUCGGCUGUCGGUUUUUACAAAAAAAGCUAGAAAAUUCAGCCGAGUCAAAUAAGGUAAGGGAUCUGAUGUACGAUCAAAUAAAGCCUUACUUUUUAGAGCUAAUCCUUGACUCUUUCGGUAACUAUUUAAUCCAGAAACUUUGCGAGUAUUUGACCACGGAGCAAAAAACUAAAUUAAUUCAAUCAAUAUACCCACAUGUAUUCCAAAUUUCUAUUAAUCAGUAUGGUACUCGCUCUUUACAGAAAAUCAUUGAUACUGUCGAUAACGAAGAGCAAGUUGACUUGAUAACUAAAGGAUUUUCUCAGGAGCACACAUUGAUUCAACAAGUUGUUACUUUGAUAAAUGAUUUAAAUGGUAACCAUGUCAUUCAAAAGUGUAUUUUCAAGUUUUCACCUUCUAAAUUCGAUUUCAUCAUCGAUGCUAUUGUGGAACAAAACAAUAUCAUUACAAUUUCAACCCAUAAACAUGGUUGCUGUGUUUUACAAAAGUUGUUGAGUGUGUGUACGUUACAACAGAUAUUCAAAAUUUCUGUCAAAAUUGUUCAGUUUUUGCCCGGUCUAAUUAAUGACCAAUUUGGAAAUUAUAUCAUUCAGUUUCUGUUAGAUAUUGAGGAAUUGGAUUUCUACUUGUUAGCAGAAAUAUUCAACAGAUUGUCGAAUGAACUUUGUCAAUUAUCAUGCUUAAAAUUCUCGUCUAACGUUGUGGAAAAAUUCAUCAAAAAAUUAUUCAAUAUAAUUACAGAUGAAGCUCCAAGAUUUUGCAAUAAAUCUAAUACCAACGAUUCAAAUGAUGAUGUAGUUAAUGCUGCUAUGAGAAUAUUGUUAACAAUUAUAGAUAUUUUCACCUUGAAUUUAAACAUUUUGAUUAGAGACAAUUUUGGAAAUUAUGCUUUGCAAACUCUUCUCGAUGUCAAAAAUUAUUCCCAAGUUUUGGAGUAUUCUGGUAAUAAAAACGUCGCCAAAUCUCCGAAGCUUGCGUCUUUUAGUCAUGAUUUUACAACUAAGAUUGGAAAUUUGGUUGUUUUGACGAAAGAAUUAUUACCAAGCAUCAAGACAACAUCAUAUGCUAAGAAGAUUAAGUUAAAAGUCAAAUCGUACACGGAGCUGACAGGAAUUGCUCUCACAGAUGUAAAUCCCAAAAAAAAUAGUACUAAAAAUAAUAGUACAAUUAAUAAUCAGAAUUCUAAAAAUAAUGGUGGUCUCAAUACUCAUUUUACCCACUAUAACAGUAACAAUAACAAUAGUAGCAAAAACCACAAUGGCAAUCAUAGAAAUAACAAUAACAAAAAUACAGUCGGCAUGUACCAGAAGCAGCAUACUCGCCACUUUUCUUUGCCAGCGAACGCGUAUCAUAGAAGAAGCAGCAGUUCCAACUCGUUACCUUAUGCAGUCAUCCCGCAGCAACCGAAUGCCCAGAAUUCUCAUCACAGCAAUGGUCUAACGAUACCCUAUGCUACUGAUCAGGCAUCAUCGUAUGAUUAUCUGUCGCGGUUGGGCGAUCAUGAACAGUUCAACGAUUCGAUCACUCAAAAUUUGCAGAAGCAACAAACACAGUUCAUGGGUUCUAAUUUGCAAAAACCUAAUUCGAACCCAAAUCUUCACACUCUGCCAGGACUGCGUAGCUCCAGCAACUCUCUAACUUUUAUGAAUGAUUCAAUUUCUAACAACACUAAUAACAGCAGCAGUUCCAACAGCUUUUUCCCUGCCACUGCUGCUGACCCAACAAUGAUGAAUAAUUUUGCAUUCUCUGGCGGUUCUCAAUCCAAUUUUACUGACUCGAGCUUUUCUGAACAGAGAAUCACCAGCAACCCUUUUCCAGUUUAUCACCAUCAGCCUGCAGCUAAUCAACAAAAUUUCAGCAAUUAUAUUCCUGCACAAGCUGGUGAGGGUUUUAUGUACUUAGAAGGGAAUACCAACGAAUUUACGAGUAGCGCAGCGGGAUUCAACUUCGGAUUCAAUUAA